AUGCGUUGGUUUCAUCGGCACAGUAAAAAAAAAUAUGAUCAAUAUGAGACCUAUGGGAUUCGUGCACCAAAAAAGUCAAUUCUUCGAUCAAGUUCUCGUGUUAAUUCCAAUCUGAAUUCGUUAGAAGACAAAACUAUUGAUUCAGAUACUGCGACUAGUGUGUCUCUGGUUAAUCUACGAUCUUCACCUUCGGAAGUCAGGCGUAGAUUCCAUCCAACAAGUCGAUCAUCACAUUUAAAUGGUAGUGACCAAUCAGAUAGUGAAAAUGAUAAUCAUUUAGGUCGUGGUCAUAGAAGCGUUUUGUUUCUUGACCAAGUUGCAGCGCCGGAUCGAUAUCGCACAUCAAGAGUCUUAGAUUUUGAUUCUGAACCAAGUAAUUAUUCCACAGUUAGCCGUAGGUCGCCAUCAUUUCCUCGAACUAUCAGUCCAUCAUCAUCAUCAUCAUUAGCCUCCUAUCCAGCUAAUUAUGAACCAUCACCGUUAAUACGUAAAAAGAAUUUUGAUGAUCCAGGUAUUGAGCUAGUCAGUUGUAGUCCGCUUUCGUGUUCAUCAAUGAAUAAUCGCCAAGAACACCACCAUCAUAAUUUUAAAAUGCAUAAAAUUAAACCUGCCAUAAAACGUCUAUCCUAUUUGAACGCAUUUGGUAGAAAACAUAGAGAUUUGAAAAGAGGCAAUCUUACACUGAUAUUAGAUCAGGAAUUGGAUGGCGUUGAUGAUGGUAGCAAUAACGAUGAUGAUGAUGACAGUAAUAAUGAUGAACACCGAGAAAUCCAUGAACAAUACAAUGAACAAUAUGUCUAUGAAGAAUUACCACGUCUAGAUACUCUGAAACUGUCAUCAAAUGAUUCAUAUUCAAGUGAUGUACAUGAUAUAUUGACUGUACCAAAUUAUGAAGAUGAUUACUUCUAUAAAAAUAUUCGGAAAAAUGAAUUAAAUCAUUCAAGAAAUAUUCUAAAUGAACGAAAAGGAACAAUUAUCAAGAUUGAUCGUCAUAAAUCUGACGUUCAUCAGUCUGGAUUCAUGUAUCAUCCUAAUCAAUUAAAAGUUAAUUCAAAAUACAAUUCUAAUGGUAUUGAUUUCAACAAGAAAAACUCAGCACAAUCUCGUUCAUCCAAUUCAGAACGCACUCCAACUGGCAGUACAGAAACCUUAGUUGAUUCAUCAAGAAAAUCCUCAUCAGAAAUAUCCGUCAUCCAUAUAGAUGAACAAAGUAAACUAUCAUACACAGGUUAUUCAAAAACUGUACAAAGUUCUAACUCUUACCACAAUCGGGUGGUUGAUGCUAAUAAAGAUGGUUGGAAAACAGUGUCAGUUGACCAGUCACAAAAACACACUGGUAAUAAUAAUAAUAACGAGCGAACGGCAAAUCCACAAAGUCCUCGAAUCAUUUAUGUAUCUAAACGGAAUGAGAAUAAUAGUAAAUUAUCUACUAACCCGAAUAAGAUUUCUAUUUCUGGAUUAUCUAAUUCAAGUACAUUGGGAGCAUAUUCAUCACACAAUUAUGAAUCGGAUCAAACUCAAAUGAAUCAAUUUAAACAUUCUAAUCAUAUUGUUUCUCCAGUUAGUAAAACAAAUGUGGUUACUAUUCACUACAGUGAUAACGAUGACUGAAAAUAUAAUCUUCGAGUUGUAUUCCUACUACUAUUAAUUCUUUGUUGAAUACUUACGGAAUUACUGUUUAUUCUUUUAGAGUUAAUCUAGAUUAUCCUUCAUUAAAAUAAUCUACUGCUUAUCCUAUCAGAAUUUCUUAUUAUCUUAAGUACUCAGACUAUGAUAGUUUACAGAUAAGAAACAUUAUUUUGCAAACGAACAAAAAAUGUAUAAAUUCUUUACUCCUAUUCAAUGAUUGGGUG